AUGCGCGAGGUUGUCGGUCGGGUAACAAGUGACAAAAUAAUUGCGGACAGCCAAGUCUUUGACGAAACUCACAUCCUCUCUAACUCACCAAUUCUACCACAAUCGCCCACCAUGCCUCCAAAACGCAUGACCGCAAAUCCCGCAAAGCCCCUGCGUUACCGGCCAGGUAAACCAAUUGCGUCAGAAGAAUCGGAUUCCGAAGAAUCAGAAGACUCUGAAGCUGAAGGGUCCGAAGAAGAUCCUCGACAACCCAGCAAGAAAGCCGCCGCCGAAGCUCCCGCAAAGGUCUCUACCGCUCUCCGAAAGGUUGACCUUAGCAAGCGAUUCGAAGAAGGCCGCAAAGAAGAAGAACAACGAGCAGCUGAAGAGGCUAGGAAGCGCGCCGAGGAAGAGAGCAGCGAAUAUUCAACAGCUGACGAGGACGAGGAAGAGGAAUCUGAGGAAGAAGAAUCUGAGGAAGAGGAAGAGGAAGUUCCGAAAAGAGUUCUUUUAAGGCCUACAUUUAUUCCGAAGGGGAAGCGCGGCGUUGUCGCCUCCCCCGCUCUAGACCCGGAGGUAGAGGCAAAGAAGAAAGCUGAAGAGGAAGCCCGGAAGAAAGCUGAGGCGGCGGCGCUUCUUGAAGAACACAUCCGUCGCGAUGCAGCAGCCAAAGCUGCUGGAAGAAAGGGGUGGGACGACGAUGAAGAUGAUGGGGAGGGCCUAGAUGACACAGACGACCUCGAUCCAACCGCCGAACGUGCCGCCUGGAAGCUAAGGGAACUAGUUCGCGUCAAGCGGGAACGGGAAGAGCUAGAGAAGAUAGAAAAGGAGCGGGAAGAGAUCGAACGUCGAAGAGCAAUGGAUCCCGAAUUGCGAAAAAAGGAGGACAUGGAGUACGUCAAGAAGCAGCGCGAAGAAAAAAUGGAGAAUAGGGGCAAAAUGGGUUUUAUGCAGAAAUAUUAUCACAAAGGUGCAUUUUAUCAGGACGAUUCGGAGAUCUUAAAAAAGGACUACGCAACUACUGCUGUGGAGGACGAAGUCAAGAAUCGGGAUGUGUUGCCAAAAUACAUGCAAGUUCGAGGCGACGAGGUUGGGAAACGUGGAAGGACUAGAUGGACACACCUAACGGCAGAGGACACGAGCAUGCAAAACGGAGGAAGUCCUUGGUUCGACAAGAAUGGUAUCAACAAGCGGGCUUCCGGGAAACUCGGCGGGAUGCAGGACGAUGAGAGAUUUCAACCAGACGACAGGAAAGACCGAAGUGGCAAUGGUGACUACCGUGAACGUGCACCCAAAGGAAGAGACGACCGAGACCGAGAUCCCCGUGAUAGAAGGCCUCCCGGAGGCCCGCGGGGUUCUCGUGGGAGUGAUAGUGGGGGGGGCAGAUAUCAAGAUCGUUUUGUUCCGGGUGCUGGGGGUUCACACCGGGACCGCUCCAGAUCCCCUUACGAUAGGGACCGUCGGGAUCACGGUAGAUAUAAUAGGGAAUGGAGUGAGGAGCGACACGAUCGGGAUCACGACAGGGGCAGGGAGAGGGGCAGGGAGAAGGGCAGGGGCAGAAACGGAGACGGAGACACAGACAUAGAUCGCAAGAGACCAUACUCCCCUCCAGGGCAACGGAGAGAUGGCGAUGGUGAGAAAAGGCGGAGGACGGAAGCGCGAUAAGGGAGGUAUAUGGAAAUAAUAUCAUGUAUUAUAGCAAUUUUAGCAUACUACCGCAUAA